CUUGUAUUAGUGUCACUCAAUUUGUGCACAUUUGUGUUGUUUUUGUUACAGCUUUCGCAGUGAUGAUCUGCCAGAACCUGGACGUCAGUAAUAAUAACUGCAAUCCGGAUAAGCUGCCGUUGGACCGCUUGAAGUUAACGCUAACUGAUACCGAUGGCGUCAGACGGCAAGUUCCUGCGCUUGAUGUGCAUUGGCUGACACGUGACAAGGCCUUUGGCACUUACAUCUGCAUGCUAAGCUCCUAUGGCCGCAUCAAGUCUGGCGCCGCAUUGGAAGAGUGGCAACAUAUUGCCGCUAGCUGCCUGCAAGAUUUCGAGUUUCUGCUGCAGCUGAGUCAUCACGAAUUCUGGUCGUAUAUGGUGUACGAGGAAUCAGCAAUGGCCGCGGUUGUUACAUUUCUGCAACGUGCCAAUCCCUACUACAGAACGGAAACGGACAGCAGUACGCCGGAAGGAAAUGAGGUGGCACUGUUCAAUGCAAAGUCACUUUAUGCUCAACUGCUGAAUCGGGCGGUGCGUAUUGUUAUGCGCCUGCUUACUUCAAAGGAAUCAGCUACAGAAUGGAUAACGCCGCAGCAGCACAGUUCCUUAUUGUAUGAAAACUAUCUGAUGUCCGUGCCGUUGCUGUUUGAUCUGGUUAUUGCAGUGGGCGAUGCUGAUGAGCAGAAUUUGAAGAUGCUGCAACAGAUUUUUGAGACAGUGUUGCGCAUCCAGCCGGACUAUUUAAAGGAUCUGGAGGAAGGAUUGGCUUUCUAUGAGAAUGCCUUCCUUAGCAUGCAGAUUCAGGUGGAGAACGAGGGCUGCGAAGGCGCCGGUGGUGGCACACUCUUGGAUCCCGAUGCCGAUACGCCCUAUGAUGAUGUUGUAUUAUUUGCCUUAGACUGCGCCUAUACGCUGCGCAUGCUCAUCCAGCUAUGCCCCACACUGCUCGCAGCCUGUGAGCAGCUGAAACUUGUACAAAGCAUUGCCAAUUUCUAUGAUCUUACCGUCCCAAUGCUGUAUAGAAAUAUUUAUCUGAACAAUGCACAGGCAAGCUCCUUGCGCUGGCUGAAUGAGGCACGUCAACAGUUCCUGAACGUUGUUCGGCGUAUAACAUCUGCGCAGCUGCAGUCUGGACGUGGCCAGCAGAUGAUUGAACUGCUGCAGGAAUGUCUCUCAGCACAGACCUUUGUUGUCGACUAUCAGCGGCAGUAUCCGAUCGAGAACGACAUUGAAUUACUGCUGGACCGCUGUCCCAACAUCAAGAACUACAAAGUAGAUUUUGUAAUAACUGGCUACCAGAAGGCACUAAGUGCCUGCACCAAUGGUAUCCUUGCCGAUGAGCAUCUGGCCGGAUGUCUGAACUCUGAUUACGAAGAGGACGAUGAGGUGGAAGAUUCAUGUGUUUCGCCGCUGCCAACGGCUGCAGCAGUAGUAAAUGGUUGUGCCCGUGACAUUGAUCUAGAAGUGUCCGCCGUGCUGGACGUAUUGCCGGAUUUGGGCAUGGGAUUCAUUCGUCGGGUGCUGACACGUUACGAGAACAGCGAGCAGGCGAUUGCCGCAAUACUAGAUGACAAUCUGCCGCCCGAUCUAGUGCACAUGGAUCGGCAGGAGGUAUACAUACCAGCCGAUCCCCAGGACAAAUUGCAGCGGCAAACCGGUGUUCGUCAUUACAAUGUACACGACGGCGACAAGUACGAUGUGCUUACCCAUGAUAAUCCACAGUGCAUUAUAAAGCAAGGCAAGGGCUUGCCUGGUGCCCCGCGCAAUGCCGAGCAGCUUCUGGACGACAAGCGCGACAUUGGCAAAUUAAAGCAGCGCUAUCAGCAAUAUGCAUUAGUUGAGGAAACACCUCAUGAGGCCGGAGCCGAGUACGACGACGAGUACGAUGACAGCUACGAGGCAUUAAAUGAGGGACAAGCGCCGCCGCAGAGUUUGCUGCGCGCCAAGCUGCAACAAGCCUCGGCGACAGCAGCUAGUAGCGCUUACGAAGCGCAAGAUGCCUUCGAAGACGAUGAGGAUGAUGAGGAUGACGCCAGCAGCGAUGGUGAGCACAAUGGGGCAACAAACAACAAAAAAAGCACCGACUUCUGUGAAAAUCCUGAGGCAAUACGUGCACGCUAUCAACAGCGCCAAAUGGCCAAGUACGGCCAGCGCACCCAGACUGACGUAGUGGGCGCACCCAAGGGUCAAGGUCAAACGCAGCAAACGAACCGCAAUCGCGGCCAGAAAGAAGCAAAUAAAUCAACUCGCGCCAAUCACAACCGCAAGGCGGGCGCCGCCUUUAAGCGCAGCAAGGGCAUGAUGUCUUGAUUGCGGCAUUUCACCUCUCACCUAACUUAUUUAUGUGGUAUACUAAACUAACUGGCCUAAAACGUUCCACUAUAUAUAAAGCAUUUGUAAUUUGUUAGAAGAAAAUUCAAAGCCUUGUCAACAAAGUUGUUGCAAUAAA